AUGGAGCUACUCAGGUUCGGUUUCCUUUUUCCGACUCGUCUUUGCCUUCUACUAAUCUCGUUCCUGUUUUUCGCUGGUGCCGCCUUUGUCGCUGUGAACAAGAAGCUGACUGACAAAGAGAAAACAUGGGUUGGAAUUAUUUACACAAGGCUUUACUGCAGUGCAAUGGGAGUUGUUGCCACCUAUAGGAAUAAACAGUUCAGACCAACAGAAGCAGGAGUAGCUAUUGCCAAUCAUCUCACACCAAAUGACGUCCAGUUACUGUUCGCAGGAACUCCGCAUGGCUCCUCUCAUGCGUUCGUGAUCACCGGCCAAAAACAUAGCGGGAUUAUCGGCACUCUGAAGGUCUCACUGAGAAGGUUUGUCCGACGUUUUGGGUGGAGAGAAAAAGCGCUGACGGACGAAAAGAUCAUCAAAAAAGCACAGUACGGCGGUCCGGUUUUGCUCUUCCCUGAAGGCUACUGCUCCAAUAACACUCAAGUGUUGCAGUUCAGAAAAGCCAUUUUUGAAGAAGGAAUCAAGAUCUAUCCGAUAGCUAUCAAGCAGGACAGCCGAUUUGGUGACUCCUUUUGGCAUGAGAACGCGUUCAAUUGGUACCUGUUCAGAGUGAUGUGCAGUUGGGCAAGCCCCCCUAUGACGCGGCUUCCACGCGAGACGAACGUGCAGUUCGCUGCCGAGCUCAGGCGGCGAUCAGCGACGUCGUUGGAGUCCGAGCAGGAGCGUUCGGUGGACUGCAUGUGGUACAGUAAAACUGAACAACGUCGUCUGCUGGAACUUCAGAAGGAGGUGUGCGCCACAGCGUUGCUGUCUCACUUCCAGGAAACCACAGAGAAGACCGACAGCGACGAUGGCUAUUUCAGCAUCGGUUCCACGACUGCUAGCCAGUGUGGCUCACCGGAUCACGGAGAAAUGCGAUAG